AUCCUGUAGUAUUUAUUUGGGGGCUUCAAAAGCUAUACAAGUUUUUUUUUUAAUUUAAGAAUUUGUUAAAAGAGCAAUUAUAUUAGGCUUUAAUGCUGGAUAAUCGGCAAUUCAAUCUCAUAUUUCGAGGCUGGUUCAAUAGAUAUUUAGUCUUCAAAAGAUAAAUCAUAUCAAGUCAAGAAAUUGUCGAUAUCGGACCAUAACUGUUUAAGUUCCCAGUUACUGAAGUUGUGGACCCCAGAGCCUAUGACUGGCUGACCUUUUACUGAAAAUAUUGGGCAAUGUGUGAGAAAAAUUAUUGAAAUAUGGGGAGAAUUAUUUCCUGGUAAAAGUAUAUCUGUAUGCCGAAAAUGGCUUUCUUUAGCCCCACAAAUCUAAUUUAUGUUUAAAUUUUCGAACUUCCGGCUAAUCAAAUUUAGAGACCGUGUAUUCCCCUUAAUAGUGUAACUUUAUGUUUAAAAUGAAAUAAAAUCGGGUGAAAAUUUGCCCUAGCCCCCAUAUAACUAUUAUCAGGAUUUUAAGCAUCCGGUUGACUUUACUCCUUUUAUGCUGUUAUGGUAUGGGAGGUACCUUAUUGAAACUCAGAGAGCAACUAUUUCUGUUAAUAAUAUGUAGUUAUGCCAAAAAUAGAUAUAAUCGGGUCAAUACCACCGCUUUCUCGCAUAUACCUAAUAUAAGCUUUUCAAACUUUCGGCAUUUUGGCAUUAUACUGUAUAUAUCGGUUAAUAUGUGAAAUAUUUUAGCAAAGUUAUUCGAACGGAUCAAAAAUGGCUGAUUGAGUGGACGCCGGGAUCUAUUGCGCGGAGAUGAUCUCAGGCGACCCUUCAAGUUACCGACUGCAGUAUCUAGCAGUCGGAAGUCUUUGCGGUCAGGAAAGCUGUUGAGAUAGCUAACAACGAAAAUGAUAUAGAGAAUAUCACUAUAUACGUCGAUAGCCAAGCGACAAUUAAAGAAAUAAUCUCACACUGCAUUGUAUCAGAGAAUAUCCUUAAAAGCAGGCAGGCUAUAGUUGCUAGCAGAAAGCGGUUGCAUAUAUACUGGGUUCCAGGCUACAAGAGCGUUUCAGAAAACGAAUAAGCGGAUGAGAUUGCCAAGAAUGUCAUUCGCUUGACUACCGAAUUAGUUCAGCAAAUACGCAAGUCGUUAAGAACGAUACACAGCUACAUUUCUGAAAGGGCCGACAGACGGAUCAGGGUGGGAUCGAAUGGCCUAAAGGCGUGCAGAAUCGUCAAGAUUAUGUGCAAAGCAGCUGAAAGAAAGCACGCAAGCUUUCUACUCACACGGUCUCGAAAAGACUGCAAGACAGUUAUUGAACUAGGUACAGGUCACAACUCACUGGCAUCACAUGCGAGCCGUAUGAGCAUUAUUAACGAUGACACAUGUAGACACUCCGGAGAAGUAGGCAUGAGAGAGAUGUUGGAAAAGCUCCGCUGCUUAUGUCCAGCCAUAUCUAGAACUCGGCUUAGAUAUCUAGGAGCUUCACAGUUCAAUAGACCUGAGAAAGUAUUAGAAUUAGAUAUCAAGGCUCUAUUACACUUAACAAAAAGCAAAACGAUGUAAACUUCCGCUCUUAUUAUUAAUAAACCUUCAUCUGGUGUUACAAAGGACCUGUAGGUCUAUGUAUGGCGUGAAAGCCAGCCAUUGCAACCUAACCUAACCUAACUAAACGUAAAAUGUUAUUAUUUUUUCAUUUUACGAAGUUUUAAUCGACAGACCGUACAUUUGUAUUAAUUUGGCGACUUAAACACUAACACAAGAUUAUCUAUUAUAGUAUCUAUAAAUAGUAAUUCAUUUAAACAUUACCUCUCUCGCUCAUUGAGAGAUGAUUUGCAUGCGCGAUCACCGGUCAGCGCUCAGCGUCGGUAUAGGUGUACAUUUGAGUCUUUUACAUUAAAAACUCGUUAACGGUCAUGAUUACUGCUGAUCAUUGAUUUUAUGUAAACAUUACAUUGCAAUGUUAUAAGUAUAUACAUAUAUUUUACAUACACUGUUCUUAAAAAUGAGCGACGAACGAUCGCCGUACUUCAGUCGUUGCAGUUGCUUCGAUAAAAGCGUACACGAAGUAUACAAAAUGCAUUACGGUACAUUUUGGCUAUGCGCAGGGUUGCUAUUACUUGCUGGUGGACAAUUAACAGAGGCUGCGGUAGGUCGUGCCUUUUAUCACAACGAUGCGCACCCCGGGAAGUGCACGGUAAGUGAGACAGUUAUCCUCUCACCAGGUGAAACGACGGUAACAUCGAACAUUUGUGCGCAAAUUACUUGCGAAAAUGAAGACGGUCUUGCCAAAAUUGCUAGGUGA